CGACCUUCGGAGUGUUGCGGCCUACGGGCAGGAAGGCACCUAUGUGUGUUCGGCGAACCCCCCCUCGCCGAUCGUCCAUCGCCGAUGGGACGGAAGGAAUCCGGGGGCGAUGGGCUCCCUCUCUGCCCACGCCGUGUACCCGUACUAGCACCGCGGGUGGGGCCGACCGCUAACUAACCGUGCCCGGAACAAUCCUCAAUCCCGAACACAACAAUCCUUUGCAAGAACCACGAAACAGAAACAGAUAUAGAAACAGAAACAGAAACCCCGCCUCGGAGGCAAUCCACUCCGACCCCAAAAACGCCGACCGAAGCAGCCCUGCCAACACGAAACAAAUAUCACCACCACCACCCACAACAACACAGAACAACCUCGUUGUAGGGUAGCACACCCCAGCACACCACACCACAACACAACACAAGAAACCCCGAGUCCGCGCACGCUUGGGCAGGGGCAAGAACCAAAACACCACAACAGCGGGGCCGGACGCGAGUGGGAACCCGACCCGAGAGAGAGAGCGUGAAGAAGGCUCCGAAACGAAACGAAACGAAACGAAACGAAACGAAACGAAACGAAACGAAACGAAACGAAACGAAACGAAGCGAAGCGAAACGAAACGAACCUAACCUCGAAGCGAUGCGGGCCGACGGAACCAUUGUGGUCCCGGUCUCGUCGGACGAGGAGGAAGGCAACCAGCCGAAGUGGGAGGACCGGCAGCCGACCGAUUCGAAAGCGGAACCACAACCACAACAACAACAGAAACAACAACCCAACGAUGCGGCGCGAGAUGCUGCUGUUGCUGUUGCUGUUGCUGUUGCCGCUCCCAGCCGGACCCGAAGCAUUCUCCACAGCGGGAACCGCUUCGGAAGAAAGCCUUCCGGGCCGGCCGGGAGGACGCAACAGCAGCACACACGGACACGGACGCGGACCCACACCAACGCCAGCGCCAGUGCCAACGCCAGCGCCAGCGCCAACCGAAAGCGGCUCCGCCAGAGGCAAGCGGUCGUGGACUCGGUCCCCCACUUUUGCCGCCACGUCCUGGCCGGGACCGCCAUUGCCUCGUCCAUCAUGGCCCUGGAUUCGUGCCUCUUUUUGUCCCUGGGGGGAGGCGCCGGUGGAGCAACAACAACAACAACAAGCCGGGGCGGAAGCCUCGGUGGAAACACGGGUACCUACGGGAGCAUCGAGGCCUCGGUCGAAAAACCUUUCGUGGGCAUCGGGUUCUUUUCCUAUUCGGUCGCCGCGGGAGGAGGAGGCGGGGGCUGGCAGGGGGGGGCCGUCUGCCUCCCGUACGAAGGGGGACCCUUCGGCUACGGAUCGCUGUUGGGCCCGGACGGCCACCACGACAGCAACGACAACAGCAACAGCAAUAAUAACAACAGCAACAACAGCAACGACAGCAAAAGCAAUGGCAACAAAACCAACACCAAAUCCUCCCCCCCCGGAGCGGCCUGGAUGGUGGCGGCCCGGACCUCCUCGGUCCUGGCACCGGUGCUGGCCUCCCUGGCCUUUGCCAAGCUGGCCCUACAGUGGUUCUGCGGGUGCUUUCUCCCGGAAAAAGGAACCACCACCACCAAAAGGCCCCGGGACCUCCUCUCGCUGCAGCUCUUCCUGGGUGCCUGCGUCCUCCAGCUCCUCGGGGGCCUCUUUCUCGGCCUCGCCCCCCUGAUGGAGGGCGGAGGCUAUGACGGCGAUGGCGAUGGCGAUGGCGAUUCCACCACGCCCUGGUCGUCCUGCCUCUCCCCCACCGGUUCCUGCCGCCCGGCUUCCGGUGCCUGGUUCGCCCUGGGAUCGGCGCUGGCCUACCUGCUCCUCGGCCUGUCGGCAAUGGCGGGCAGGGGGCCCGCGCAAGAGGGCGGCGAACGCGGAAGCGAGAGCUUUGGUGCGGGUGUGGAUGCAACCGCAACUGCAACUGUCAAUGCAACUGCGAAUGCCACUGCGAAUGCCACUGCCACUGCAACUGCAACUCUGGCGGCGGCCUGCAAGAUCUACCACCGCCACGGCAGCGACACCGACACCGACACCGGGGACGAGGUCUUGCCUUUGGGAAGCAAGGCCUUCCACCACGAAGGCACCGACGACGCCGGCGAAACGACCUCCGCCGACUCGAGCUUUUGCGCCCACAGCCUGGGCCAACAACACCAACACCAACAACACCCCCCGCAGGGCGGGGCCAACACCCUGGGCCGGCUCCGGACCCGAAUGGUCCGGGCCGGGGAAAACCACCACGUUUCUCCCUCGAAAAAGGAGCUUCCCGCCACCUUCCUGCAGCGCCUCCGGGCCCUGCUGGCCUGCGGGUCCAGCGAGGCCUACCACCACCACCACAAGAACCAGACCCUCCGGGGGGUGGCCUCCGUCGAGACGCACUGCGUCCACGACGGGUCUUCCUGCCGGGCCGGCCUGCCCCUCUGGGGGAGGACCGGGGAGCGCCACAAAAGGAAACCGAUCCCCGAACAACAAGGAGAGGCGACCGAGGAGGGCAUCGAGCUGUGCGCCGAGGGCUAUGGCGAAAGCAAGGGCGACAGCGACAGCGAAGGCGACCACAACAGCAUGAUCGACGAGGAACAAGCGCCACCGGUGCCGGCCGCCCUCGACGAGAGGCACUGGGAGGCCGUGGAGUUUGUCCGGUCCUAGCCAACCGGAGAACGAACGAACGAACGAACGAACGACGGGCCAUUUCGUUCCAUACCAUACCGUUCCGUUCCGUUCCAUACCAAGAGAAGGACGCGGUGUGGAUGGAGAACGACGGCCCGUGCCGUUGAGAACCCGCAAUAUAUUUUUUAUAACGAA